AUGCCCUCGACGCACAAGAAGGAAAAGCCAUGGGACACAGAUGACAUCGACAAGUGGAAGAUUGAACCUUUCAAGCCCGAAGACAAUGUCGCCGGCGCCUUCACAGACGAGUCACGCUUCUCCACCCUCUUCCCCAAGUAUCGCGAACAGUAUCUCAAAGGAUCGUGGAAGUUCAUCACAUCGGCGCUGGCCAAGCAGGGCAUAGGCUGUGAGCUCAACUUGGUCGAAGGUUCCAUGACCGUAUGGACCACGCAAAAAACAUGGGAUCCUGCUGCGAUAUUGAACGCGCGCGAUCUCAUUAAGCUUCUCGCCAGAAGUGUGCCAGCUCCGCAAGCCGUCAAAAUCCUCGACGACGACGUAGCCAUGGACAUCAUCAAGAUUCGAAACCUCGUAGGAAACAAGGACCGCUUUGUGAAGAGGCGGCAGCGCAUAUUAGGCCCAAACGGUUCUACACUCAAAGCACUGGAGCUUCUCACAGAAACAUAUCUCCUCGUACAAGGAAACACGGUUGCGGCCAUGGGACCCUUCAAAGGCCUCAAGACGGUGCGCCGCAUCAUUGAAGACACAAUGCACAAUAUCCACCCCAUCUAUGCCAUCAAAGAGCUCAUGAUCAAGAAGGAGCUCGCCAAAGACCCUGAACUUGUCAAUGAAAGCUGGGACCGCUUCCUUCCCAACUUCAAGAAGCGCUCGCUCAGCAAACGGAGAGUACCACACAAAGUCACCGACAAGAGCAAGAAGGUAUACACACCAUUCCCGCCGCCACAAGAAAAGAGCAAGGUGGAUCUGCAGAUUGAAAGUGGAGAAUUCUUUUUGGGCAAGCAUGCCAAGGAGCGCAAGGCGAGGGAGGAGCGCGAGGAGAAGAUGAAAGAUAAGAUGGACGCUAAGAGGAAAGAGCGCAUGGCCGAGUAUGUGGCGCCAGAAGAGAAUGGCGAGAAGAAAAAGAAGAAGCGGAAACGAGAGGAAGGUGAAGAGAAGGAGAAGAAAAAGAAGAAGCGGAGUUCAGAAGUCAGCGGGAAUGCGGAAUGA